AUGCUAAAGUCCGUGAUUCGUAAUCCGGGUUCCCGUAGUAUCGCGAGGGUAUCUGGAAUAAACACUUUUAAAAGCACCAGUGUUCAACCAUUUGCAUACUACUCUACUACUGGCAAUCCUUCUCCAUUAGAACAAGGUAAAGAUAACAAUGGUAAUGAAAUGCAGUUUAAUACAAAAGGUGCACCAAUAGUGAGAGGUAAAAAUUCAACCACGACAGAAUAUAAACUUCCUAAGUGGAAAGAAGCUCUAGGUGAAUACGUCAUUAAGACAUUUGGGUUGGAUAUGGAUAAAAUUAGAGCAGGCCCAGUAUCUGGAUCAUACUAUUAUUCUAUCUGUAAAGAACAAGGUUUACAAUAUGAAAAUGAAUCACUUUCCGAUUCUGCAAAAUUCUUCUAUGAAGAAUUAAAACUACCAAGAACAUUUUCUCAAUGGUUUCAAAUCACUGCCUUACAUGAAUGGAUGCUAUUUGUUAGAAUGAGAGCAAUGCCAUUCAAAUACGGCAGAAAUUACCAACAAAAACUUGUAGAUAAAACUUUCAACGAUAUAGAAAUGAGAUUAUUUGAUGAAAUGAAAAUUGUUUCAGGUAGAAUUGUGGAUCAAUAUUCUAAAGAUUUUAACUCUCAAUUAAAAGGUGCUGUGUUUGCGUACGAUGUAGGCUUUUAUACUGAUGAUACUACAUUAGCAACUGCUGUAUGGAGAAAUUUGUUUGGUGGUAGAAAAAAUAUCGAUUAUACUCACUUAGAAGCUGUCGUAAAAUAUAUUCGUUCUCAAUUAUAUGUAAUGAGUAGAAUGUCUGACAGAGAGUUUGCAUUAGGUAAAUUUAAGUUUGUUCCAGCUACGGAAAAGAUCAACAAAUUAACAGUUGCUGAAGAAAAAGAAAUGAAAGAGAAAAUUAUAAAGAAAUAUGAAGAACUGGACAAAAGUGGGCUAUUAUUACCAAGUGAUAGAAGUAACCUAUCCUACGACAACUGA